AUGUCGUUCAACAACGCUGCUGCUGCGCAACGGUUGGCCCGCUCCACCGAAGCUGGGCACCCUAUCCUGGACGUCGCCCAAGGUCGGUGCUUGGAGCUCAUCCUAAUCAUCAUCGCUAGAACGCUCUUCCCCAGCCGCGUCGCCGAAGGCAGCGGGCCCAGGGCUACUCAGCUUAACGCCGCUUUCGGUAUAGCUUGGAGACGGCUGAGCAUUCACCACUGGAACUACUUUGGUUUGUACGCCCGGCCUGCUUUCAUGGCUGUCUACCUCAUCUUGGCUGUGUUCAAGGACCACAGUUUGGACGGGAUGGAGUUUUACGAGCCGUUUGAAGAGUCCGCGGCAGAGGUUAUCGUGAGGACUUUUUCCCUCUUUUACGUCGUCGCUUCAAAGUGGCAGCAGGACGGGCAUAGUGGGCACAUCACUCACACUAAAUUCUAUUUCGGCGAGAAGAACACGAUGGACCAGUGGUACAAACGGUGGGUCACCGACUUGGAACGGUUCCUCCUCCCCGCGCUGGACUACAACAUCGCCGUCACGUCCACGCAGUGGGCACCCUUCCUCGCCUACCUCUUCUUCCUCACCCGCGACGACCCGGGCCUCACCGCCCUCCACCAGCCCACUCUACCCACCCUGCUCUGCCUCGAGGGCUGCUCGUCCUCGAUCGCAGGGCAGGUACACAUCCCCGAUAGACUCGCUGAGCUCCAGUCGAUGGAGGAGGUGAGGCGGGAUGUGGUCCAUGGACGGAGGGUCGUUGCGGACGCUGUACCCGGAUUUAUUAGGGAGCUUUGCGGCGACGUUGCAAGGUUUAGGUGGGCCCCUGUUACGCGGAUUGAUCAGUUGGCUGUAGUCAAUGGGGGUGAGCUAUCCGUGGCCGGUUUGAGGUUCUAA